CUGGUGCUCUACUUCCUUGACUCUAGUGUAUUCACGCCGGAUUAUGAUCGGUCGGUCAUACUAAUAAUAUUGGACACGAGGCGAACCGCACGGAAAGAGAACAGAAGAACAGAGAAAACUACUAUACAGCUCACUGAUUGAGAUAAUGUCUGGGAUAACCGACGCAAUUGAGGGACUGCCGGGCUACGACGUCGCGGUAGAUCUCUGGAACGAAUACGCAGGUGAAAAGUUCCAGACCAAAGAUCCAUACUUUGAGACUCUUGAAGAUGGCACGACGCGCCGCCGCAAAGCCCCCGAGGGCACGACGCCGAGCGACGCGGCCGUGUUCAAGCACAUCGUCAGCACGGCGUGGAAGCACGACCGGUGCAUGUAUGGCUGCUACUGGGCGGACUGGGGAAUCGGGCAGGCACCGCUGAUUUCAAUCAUCCCGGUGUUUGGGCCGUGGAUCAUGUAUACGAUGCAUCUACGUCUGAAUCGCAUGGCCGAGGACUUGGGGAUUCCGAAUAAGCUGCAUAUGAAGAUGGCCGCGAACGUCACGUUCGAUUUCUUGCUCACGCUGGUUCCGAUCCUGGGCGCUGUGUUUAGUUAUAUGAACGCGUGCUCGACGCGCAACGCAGCGCUGGUGCACUCGUUUCUGAUGAAGAAAGCAAAGGAGAACCAAGCACGACUUGGAGAUUACAGACCUGUACAGACCCCGACGUAUUCGUUCUCGCGACCACCGCCGACAACGACGAGAACAGCGACCGCGACGACGACUGCCCCCGCGCCGCCGCCUCGACCGGUGCCGAAUCCGUACCCGCACGUCGGGAGCCAGCAAAACACAAGACAGAUGCGUGCGCCUGCGGUGGAUCGACGGGAGUACGCGCCGGUGGCGAUCAGCACGAACGCGGUGCCGGCGAGGGCGUCGAAGAAGAGGACUGGUGAUCUGGAGAUGGGCGUGCGGUGACAGUGAUUGUAUAUACAGCUUCAUCUGGUCCAACUGUAAAU